AUGUCAUCUCCAGACGAGCUCGUUGACGAUAGCCCCCCUGAAAUCGAUCCCUAUGAGAUUCUGGGACUCGAACGCGAAGCUACACCGGACCAGGUCAAAUCGGCAUAUCGAAAAGCAGCACUCAAGAACCACCCAGACAAGGUCUCCGACGACCAAAGAGAUGAGGCGAAGGAAAAGUUCCAGGCCAUUGCUUUCGCAUACGCCAUUCUCUCUGACCCGGCACGACGCAAGCGAUAUGACACAACCGGCUCUACGUCCGAGUCUAUAAUCGACUCCGAGGGCUUCAACUGGUCCGACUACUACCGCGAGCAAUUCCAAGAUGCAAUCUCUGCAGAAGCCAUUGAAAAGUUUGCCAAGAAGUAUAAGGGCUCCGACGAGGAGAAGGACGACGUCUUGAUUGCUUAUGAAAACUCCAAGGGCGACAUGGAUGGGGUCUACGAAUCGGUCAUGCUGAGCGACGUGCUCGAGGACGACGAAAGGUUCCGCCAGAUCAUCGACGAGGCCAUUGCCAGCGAAGAUGUCCAGGCAUAUAAGCGAUACACGAAGGAGAGUAAGCUGUCAAAAGCGGCUCGCGUCAAGGCAGCAAAGGGCGAGGCGAACGAGGCCGAGGAGUACGCCAAAGAGCUUGGAGUCCACGAUAAACUCUUUGGCGACAAAAAGGGCAAGGGGAAGAAGAAGGGCAAGGAUAGCGGAGAGGCCGACCUGGCCGCGCUCAUAAAGGGCAACCAGCAGAAACGCGCCGGGUUUCUGGACGAUCUCGCUGCCAAGUAUGGAGCCACCAGCCAGCCUAAAAAGGGCAAGAAGAGAGUCGUGGAGGAAGAAGAGCCGUCAGAAGAGGCAUUCCAGGCUGCAGCUGCACGGCUGAAGAAGCCAAAGGCGGAUGAAAGCAAACCUGCCAAAGCGGGAAGAAGAUCGAAGCGGUAA